AUGGAUAUCUGCCCUGACGCUUUUGAUGGAGAUGAACUGCUGAGUUGCAGCUUGGAACAGUUGAAGGACGCGGCGAAUGAGUUUGUAGAGAUCAUGAUAAUGCUGAUGGGCAAAGCGAAUACUCCUGAAGACAAGAUCGGGACGCCCUCGGGCUCGCUCUGUAAACACCCCGCGGGAUCGCCCCGCUACGCCUCGGAUGACUCCGAGAGCGAGUCAGAUGGAUCCAUCAGCAUUCGUCAGAUGUCUCUAGGACCAUCGGGUGGAAGGUUCUUAAAGGACAAGAUCGGACAAGCCAAGAUCGACGCCUAUAAGGGACAAGCCAAGAGCAACAUGCCGCAGAGAUCGGCCAGUACCCGCACUGGGCUGGAGGAUCAAGAAGAGGGCGAUCUAAGUCGGUACUUCAAUUCAGCCAUGAAGAAGUACGAGGCGGAUCAACGUACAGCUCAGCGAAUGAAUCGACAGCCAAACCGCUACCCAGAUCGACGUACUUUGCUCCAACCUUCACACGAAAGCCUUGACAUGCCGGAUGUGGACAUGGAGUCGGUGGGGUCGGACAUUUACCAACAUAUCCAUGAGGGGGCGGAAUACGACACGGAUGAUCUAUGGAUGCCCGAACCAUGGCGCCCUCAUGUAGCCGCGACCGGUGCGACUACCGGAGGGGGAAGCAUCACGCAGAGGAUUAGAAUCUCAGCGAUUUCUGAGCUGAAAGAAUUCUCAGGGAAGGAUCGGGAAGACGACAAAGCACGGACCUGGAUCGGCAAAGUGAAAUCAGCGUUUAUCCGGGACCAAGCACCGGACGAGGAGAGAUGUCUGGUCUUCGGUGAUCUCAUGGUGGGCCCAUCCCGCUACUGGUAUCGACAGCUGAGUAGAUCGACGAGAUUCAAUUGGAAAGAAUUGAUGAACAGUUUUUUUGUGGAGUAUGCGGGACACGGGAUGUCCGCGAGCAGGCAGUACUACCAUGCAAAGAAACGAUCGGAGGAAGAUCCUUUACAGUACCUGUAUCGGCUUAAUGUGAUGGGAAUGCAGGCGAAGAUACCGGUGAUGACUGGAUUUCCAGCUGCGCGCAAGGAACAUGUCAAUCAUUUCAUUGACACCUUGGACGACCCCGAUCUGUCCAAUCAAUUGCUACUGCUGAAUGUAGAAGACGCGGAGGCCAUGCAAAAGAUACUGCACAGAUAUCAACAAGGGAGAUCGCGUCAAGGGAAAGUGAUGAUGGGAUCGUCCAAAUUCAGGCAGAAGGGAACUCAGGGUCCAGCGCUGUCUAAGCCUGCACGAGCGGUAAGGAUGGUCCGUACCGAGGACGUCUGCAGCGAGUCAGGAUCGGACACCUGCGGAUCGGAUAUGGAAGAUCGAUUGAGAUCGAUCCAUGUGGCUGCUACUGCGGAUAGCCGUUCAUCCCCCAAUGACGUUGCAGCAAACGCGAGAUCGGUCGACCCGAACACUCGUCAAGACUAUCAAGAUCGCAAUAUGCCAUUGAAGCCGUGUACUCAUUGCCGAUCGACCAAGCAUGGAGAUCUCGGUUGCUGGAAGCGGCUCACUUGCCAGAAGUGUGGGCGUAAAGGAAACCCCUCUGACAAUUGUUUUUUCGUGUGUCGUGCUUGCGGUGAGAUGCACGACCCGGGGAAGUGUCCCAUGGAGGAGUUUUACAACAUGAUCCGUCAGUGGUACGUCCCGAAUAAGCAUGCGGGGAUGCUACCAGAGAAGGCCGAGAAGAUGUUAAACUAG